AUGGCAAAGAAGUCCACCAAACGGAGUGCCGUGGUCGCGAUAGCGCAGACCCAGAAGCUCGAGCAAAAUGCUGUCGACGACGCGAAGAUCGCCGGCGCGGAGAGCAAUGCCGCGGUCGUUGUAGACUCGACCCUCCCCCUACCCAAGCCUGUUUCCCAAUCCAUUGCCAUGCCGGCCGAAAACGACACUCCGAGUGUGCCGGCUACUGAAGGAGAGACUACCGUCAAGGUGAAGAAGAUCAUCCUCCACCUUCCGUCGACACGCGUCCGCGGCUUCAUGGCGAUCGUCCCAGUCGACAUCAUCAUGGAUGAGUUGAUUCACGCCAAGCGCGGAAAGUCUCAUACUCCUACCGACGAGGAAAUCUACGACAAAGCGAUCAAAUGGUUCAACAAAGCCUACUACACUGGCACAAAAGUCCUGUCAGUCUGGAACGCGACCAGAGAGAUUCUCGAGCAUCUGGACAGCGUCAUCAUGGGAAAGCUUGGCUAUUCCCACAACAAGCCACACGGAAAAGCGCUCGAACGCCUCGAACUGCAGCAAAAGUUCUUGCGCGCUCUGCAACAACUUCAGACUGAUAUGAUCGCCGACCAGAAGGUCCUUGACAUGGUCUUACCCCGCAACAAACUCCACGCGGCCGACUUGAGAAGUGGAAUGCUACUAGAAGCUGCUCACCUCAAAAAGGAGAGGGAGAAGAAGGAAACCAAGGCCGACCGAACAGUAGUUCAAUUCAGCUGA